AUGGCAUCCGACUCGCAACCCCCCGCGCCAAAAGGCCGUCUGAUCUCUCAUUUCGAGAACCGCCCCGCCCCCUCCCACGCAAAAGCAUGGUCCGACCUGUGGGACUCCGGCGAGGACUCGCUCUGGGAUCGAGGGAUGCCCUCGCCUGCGCUGAUUGACCUGCUGGAGAACUAUCAGGAUACACUUCUCCAUCCCAUGGCAACUCAGGAAGGCAAUGGGAAUGGGAAUGGGAAUGGGAAUGAGGGGCAAGCUAGGAAGAGGAAGAGGAAGAGGGCGCUCGUUCCGGGCUGCGGGCGCGGCUACGAUGUGCUCACGCUCGCGCUGCACGGGUUCGAUGCGGUGGGCCUGGAGAUCUCGGGCACGGCUGUUUCUGCGGCGAGGGAGUUUGCAGAGAGGGAACUUCAGCUUUCUUCUUCCGGUCCGCGUGCGAAUGCGAAGUAUUUCGGGGAGGAUUUUGACGUUGAUCGCGCACGCGCUAGACAGCUGGGCCUGGAAACUGGGACUGGGAAAGUGCACUUCUGCCAGGGAGAUUUCUUCGAUGAUUCCUGGCUUGCCGAACUAGACGCUGACGAAGAUGGAGAUGGACUUGUCGGUGGCAGGAAAUUCGAUCUGGUGUACGACUAUACCUUCCUCUGCGCCCUGCACCCAUCUCAGCGCCCGCACUGGGCGAGGCGAAUGCGCGACCUCCUACGACCCGGCGGACUGCUGGUCUGUCUUGAGUUCCCGAUGUAUAAGGAUCCGGCGCUGCCUGGGCCGCCGUGGGGUGUGAAUGGGGUGCAUUGGGGGCUGUUGGCAAGUGAGUUUUCGAGGAGGGUGUAUGUGCGUCCGCGGCGGACGUUUGAGGUUGGGACGGGGACGGAUAUGCUUAGUGUUUGGGAGAGGAGGGGGGAGGGAUGUGGUUGUUGA